AUGUUGGUUUCGUUGACCGUCGGCAAGGUCGACGCCGGCGUCACUGUGCUCUUGACGCCUGAUAAACGACUGAUCGAGUUUCCCUCAAUCCUCCUCCCGCCUAAUAUUGCCUCGGGUUCCAUUGUUGAUAUCACGGUUGCGCGCAAUACCAAGUCCGAAUCGGCGGCCGAGUCACGCUUCUCGGCACUUCAGGACCAAAUCUUCAAUGCCUUUGGCGCCUCACAGCCGUCCGUCCCCGUCCUGCGCUGUCGCAAUGCCACCCAGACUUCGGUCGUGCUCGAAUGGGACCCGAUUGAGCUGGCAACGGCCGACCUGAUCUCGCUGAGCCUCUACCGCAAUGGGCAAAAGGCCGGCAACAUCCCCAGGCCGCUGCACAUGCACAGCACCAAGAUCAGCGGUCUCGCCGUUGAUACCGAGUACUCAUUCUACCUGGUGCUGCGCACGAGCGCCGGCACCUACCGCUCCGAAGAGGUUGUCGUCAACACGCACAAGAUGACGGACCUGUCCGGAAUCACCAUCACUACUGGUAUCCUGCCUGGCGCCAUGAAGGAGUCGCUCAACAGUGCAGUCGAGCGCAUUGGCGCCAAGAUCGUCGAUGGCGUUAGGAUCGACACGACGCACUUUGUCACUACCGAGGGCCGCGGUAUGGCUUGGGAAAAGGCCGUGGAGAUGAACAUCCCCGUGGUCCGUCCCGAGUGGGUUGAGGCUUGCGAGAAGAACGGCAGGAUUCUGGGAGUCACAAAGUUCUACCUCGAUGCGCUUCGGCCGGGCCCACCGGACACCGAUACUCUAGCUUCGAGGUCGUCGCAGCCGGAACAGCCGCCGCAGUCGCAAUCGUCGCAACAAGAAAAGGCCCUGCCUCCGGAGCCCGCAGCUGAGAAUGGCGAGUCCAAGGAAGCCGGCAAGGACAAGGAGGAGGAGGAAAGCAGUGACGACGAUGAGGAAAAGGAUGACAGCGACGAGAAGGGCGAGGACAAGGCAAAGGCAGAGGCAGAACAGAAGAUGAGACUUGAAGACAAGGAGGACCAGAAGAUUGCCCUGCGGCCCAAGGAUGCUGAAAAGGCAGGUCAGGGCGACGAAAACGGCGACGAUGCCGAAGAUGACGACAAUGAUGACGAUGACGAUAAACCAGCACCCAGUCCUGGUGACGGGGCAAGCUUCCAGGACGUGGCAUUAUAA